CUGUCAUUUUCCCAAUCUUCUCUGAGUGGGGGUGGGGACCUGGCAGUCUGAAGCCCGGCCAGAUGAUGGAGUGAGUCAUGAUAAUAGCGGGCGCGAUUGUGCAGGAAUGGCUCUCCCGCAUUAAUUCGCCGCGGAAGAUCGUUUCUAUCAGCCCCGUCUCCGGAAGCCCGGGGCCCGUGUGGUUUGCCUCCAUCCUGCCUCCGCUCAUAUUUAUGCAUCAGGCGUUUCUGCAGUGAGCCUCUGGACGCUGAUGUUUUUAAGGAGGUGUCCCCACUCCUCCCUCUCCCUCUCCCUCUCUCUCUCCGCACCGCCGCCGGUCCGCGGGGGUCUCGGUGCGCUCAGACGCUCUCCGCGUUCAGACUCGUAAGCGACCCCACCGAUGGCCCACCAUCAGCGGGACUGCUCCAACCAGACGACCCGCUCCGCCUGCACACCGCUCCCCUAGCGAAGGCAGAGCUGCGAGAAGGCUCCUGUUUUAUUUUAUUUAUUUUAUUUCUUUUGGAAUAGCGCAUUGUUUUUAAUCCUCUAGCAAAAGAGAGGAAGGUGAUGAUGCUGAGGAUGCCAUGGUGGAUUCCCCUUUUGUGCGUCUGUGGAUUGAUGCACGUCGGUCACCAGCUUCAUGCCCCAAAUGGAGACGCCUUGUCGAGCCCGAAGGCUCCGGGUGAUGCGGGCAGAUUCGCGGGGAAGGAGGAGGACACGGUGCCUCUCCGCCUCGUGUACAGCCGCCACAACCACAGCCAGAUUACCCACGAUGAGCUCAGCACCAGGGUGAAGGCCAGCCCGGGCUCCACGCAGAUGGAGCACGUGUCCCAAGCAACCUUUCAAGUGGACGCUUUUGGGAAAACGUUCAUUCUGGAUGUGGAACUGAACCAUGAUCUCCUGUCGUCAGGGUACGAGGAGAGGCAUUUAUCGGAGAACGGGAAGAUUGUCGUCACCAGUGGUGGAGAGCACUGCUACUACCAGGGGAAGGUUAGAGACGCACCUCACUCCUUUGUGGCCCUCUCGACCUGUCACGGAUUGCAUGGGAUGUUUUUUGAUGGCAAUCACACCUACAUGAUUGAACCUGGAGAACGGUCCAACAACAGCGGAGAUCUACACAUCCACAUGAUAUACAGAUCUGCUGGACCAGAGGAACUGAGUGAUCUCUUCGGUGGGGAUUUACCAGAGCCACCUUUCCCCAGCCCUCCUUUUCCCGGGUCAAAAGUUGUGCACUGGAGAAAAAAGAGACAGGCUCCACAUUUCUCACGCAGCAUAGAAGAUGAGACCAAAUACAUAGAGCUUAUGGUGAUCAAUGAUCACGUAAUGUAUAAGAAGCAUCGUCUUUCCGUCGGGCACACGAACAACAACGCUAAGACAGUGGUCAAUAUCGCUGACAUGAUUUUCAGGGAACAGCUCAACACGCGGAUCGUGCUCGUUGCAAUGGAGACCUGGUCGGUGGACAACAAGUUCAACAUUGACGACGACCCCAUGGUGACGUUGAAGGAGUUCAUGAAGUACAGGAAGGACUUCAUCAAGGAGAAAUGUGACUCUGUUCACCUCUUUUCAGGGAAUCAGUUUCACAGCGGCUGGGGGGCAGCCUCCUAUAUGGGAGGAGUUUGUUCUCUCACUAAAGGAGGGGGAGUUAAUGAGUACGGUAAAACCAAUGAGAUGGCCAUCACCUUGGCUCAGUCUUUGGGUCAGAACAUCGGCAUUUUCUCCGACAAGAAGAGGAUCCUCAAUGGCGAAUGUAAGUGUGAUGAUCGAUGGGCAGGCUGUAUCAUGGAUGACAUUGGUUUCUACUUACCUAAGAAGUUUUCUGAUUGUAACGUGGAAGAGUACCACAACUUUCUGAACAGUGGGGGAGGAUCCUGCCUCUUUAACAAACCUCUGAAGCUGCUGGACCCCCCAGAAUGUGGUAACGGGUUCGUGGAGCCGGGAGAAGAGUGUGACUGUGGCAGUCCAGCGGAAUGUGCCAGAGAGGGAGAGAACUGCUGCAAGAACUGCACCCUGACCAAAGGCUCCAACUGUAGUAACGGGCUGUGCUGCAGAAACUGUCAGAUGGAGCUCAUGGGAGUUUUGUGUCGAGAUGCGGUGAACGACUGUGACAUACCAGAACAGUGCACAGGCAACUCCAGCCAGUGUCCACCAAACGUGCACAAGAUGGAUGGUUACACUUGUGAAAAAGAUCAAGGUCGCUGCUUCAAUGGAAGAUGCAAAACCAAAGACAGACAGUGCAAGUACAUUUGGGGAGAAAAGGCAACAGCAGCUGACAAGUUCUGCUAUGAAAAGCUCAACAUUGAGGGGACAGAAAAAGGAAACUGUGGGAAGGAAAAAGACACCUGGAUCCAGUGCAACAAGCGAGACGUUCACUGCGGCUACCUGCUGUGCUCAAACAUCUCACCUGCCCCGCGGCUCGGGGAGCUGCAGGGAGGACUCACCUCCUUCUCAGUCGCUCAACAAGGUGCCUCCCUGGACUGCAGUGGCGCACACGUGCUGAUUGACGGAGACACAGACCUGGGAUACGUCGAGGACGGGACGGCCUGCGGGACGGACAGCAUCUGUUUGGAUCACAAGUGUUUGCCGAUCGAACAGUUCAAUUUCAGCACCUGCCCCGGAAACACAGACAAGACCAUCUGCUCCGGACACGGAGUGUGCAGCAACGAGCUGAGGUGUGUGUGCGACCUGGGCUGGACAGGAGACGACUGUUACUCCAGGUCCCCGUUCAGUCUAGUGGUGGGACCAGCUCCUCCCGUUUCAGGUAUCACCAGCACCAACAUCAUCAUCAGUGCCAUCACUGGCUCCAUCCUCUUCCUCGCUCUCAUACUGGCAGUCACAGCCUGGUGCUACAAGAGCUACAAAAAGAGACGAUAUGUUGAGUCCGAGGUUCACAGAAGAUUCUGCCGACAAAUCCCCCCCGGUGACUAUGUCACCAAACCCGGGGAUGCAGAUUCAUUUUACAGCGACAUGCCUCCAGGCGUCAGCACCAACUCCGGAUGCAGCUCCAAGAAGAGGUCAGCCUGCCUGUCCCACCUGCAGAUUUGCACGCUGUCCUUCACUCCAUCCUUUCCAUCCAUUUCUCAGAACAUCUCAGUGUUUGGCUUCAGAUCUAAUGGCCUGUCUCACUCAUGGAGCGAGAGGAUUCCAGAUGCCAAACACAUCACCGACAUCUGUGAAAAUGGGAGACCACGAAGCAACUCGUGGCAAGGAAACCUGAGUGGUAAUCGGAAGAAGCUGAAAGGGAAGAAGUUCAGGGCUCGCUCCAACUCCACAGAGUAUUUAACCCCCCGCAACAAAACAGAGUUUUAUGAUGUAACUAAAUGGGUAGAAGAUGUGAAUAAAAACACUCAAGGACCUUUCCUUAGGACGCUAUCCCCUGCCAAGUCCCCUACUUCGUCUACAGGAUCCAUUGCAUCCAGCAGAAGAUACCCUUACCCCAUGCCGCCGCUUCCGGACGACCAGAGGAAAGCCAACAGGCAGAGUGCCAGGCUGUGGGAAACAUCAAUAUAACUGACUUUGCAGAGAGAUCCUAAAAGAAAUAAACAUUUCUCCUUUUCUACAAAUGGAAAACAGAAAACAAAAAAAAACAACAACAACAACAAAAUUGACUCUAAAGCUCCUACAGAGAGAGAAAGAGACAGAGAGUGGAGACCCCUAAAUAGAAAAAGGAUGCGGACAGGAGUCCGUCGGAGUUAGGGUGUACAAAUAUGUUCGAGGCGGUCUCUGCAAGAUAAACGCAGGGAAACGAGCCUCCUGGAGCUCCGCCCGAGCUGUUCGUUUUUGUUGCAAGCAUCAUAAAUCAGACUGGACCCCCACCCCCACCUCUCAUAGCCCGGCUCUUGUCACCGUCUCUUCGGACACCCUGACCCACCCUAAGGCAUCGGAGCUCCUGUUUGAAGGAAGCAGAGGAGGCAGGAAGAAGCCAAUGCAUCGCUCUUGAGUCUGAACCGACUGAUUUUGGCAGGAUGCGUUUGAAUCGAAAGUGCCCCGCUGCGUGCACGAGAGAAGCCCUGUUCGUCAGCUACAUCGUCCUGGGAUAAUUAAAGAAGACAAGAGCAGCGGCCUGACCUGGAAGGAAAGCACACAUCUGCAUUAAAACCAACCCACGUGUCGCCUGUUAUGUUUCACAUCAUGAACCAAUCCUGCGCUCCUUUUCUUCUUCUUCUUCUUCUUCUUCCCCCAAAAUUUGCUGAAGUGUGUGUAAAUAUGUACAGUAAAAUACACACCGAGUAAGCGUGUGCUUUUAUUUUGAAAGACAAAAGCAUAGAGUAUACUCAUCUCACGGUUUUUGCUGUAGACAAGAGGCCGAUGUCUGUAUAGGAAUAUAAAGACCCUGCAUUGUUCUGUCAGGGUUCCCCUUUUUUUGUGUCUUUCUGGGAGCUCUUUGUCGCUUUAUCCAUCAGCAACAGAAUGUGUCUUUAUUUUUUUUUUUUACGUCAUCCUGGCGUUAUUUUCUUCUAAUCUCUGUGAUAAACCUGCAGAUGAUUGUGACACAUUGGGAGCGUUACUUUAGACCAGUAUUAUUUUAGCAUAAUUAAUAUAGUUUUCCGUGCCAUUUCCCCCUUUUUGAGGUAUAAAUGGACUCGGAUGUGUUUGCUGUAGUUUAUAGAAGUCCCACUUAUCACUCAUGUUGUUUUUGGAAAUGUGCUGCCCCCUUUUUCACAGGAAGCCACUCACUACACGUCACUUGAAUGUGAGACAGAGAGACGAAUGUGGUCGGCCGAACUCGGAAAGGACUUUCCAUGUGUGUUUCGGAUUUAGCCGUGAAGGGUUCGAGACGUUUCAGCCUUUGUAAAUGAUUAACUAUUGCUGUACAGUGCUUGCUGUUUGAGCUUGUGAAGACCAAUGGCAUGGCAGUUCUAUAUCGAACCUUAAGUUAUAUCUCUGGUUGGCUUAACUGUGAGGCCAGAACAGGGAGAACGAGCAUGUCACUGAAAGUCUUUAACCCUGCUCCGUUUGUCUUAAUGAGGUUUGUGUCCCGCCGCCGCUCAGCAGCGGGGCGUCAGAGUAAAGUCGCGUUUCUGUCGCACCUGUGCAGCUAUUUAGGGUGGAUGUCUUGGUGCCUGCUUCCUAACGGCAAGUCCUUUGUACAGUUGCGACUCGUUGCUCUACCUUGCGUAGAGGCCGUCCUCUUAAAGCUCUGGGUUUGUCAUUUUACUAGUGUUUCUGUUCCUCUUUAACGUGUCGUAGUUCAUGUAUGCCGCAUUAGAUCUGUAUAGGUGAACCCAUCCUCACAAUGUUGAACUAAUAAUGCCUCUAUCAUCUUGUUUUGUUUUUUUUAAGUAUCUUUUCAACGUUCAUCUUUCUGUCAGCAUUACAGGGUUCCUACAAAUGUUCACUUUCAAAAUCCCCGAGUCUUCCAGGCUCGUAAUCCUAGAUCAGCAGUUUUUAUUCUGGACAUUUGAGUUUAACAGGCUGACCUACAGUCACAUUUAAAAAAAAGUAUUUGUCUUUUAAGCUUCGUUUUUUUUUGACAAGCUAAAACGUUUCAGCUCAACCAUAUUUUAACUUUACAGAAACAUAAUCAAAGUAAAUAAAAAGUGCAGCUUUAAAAUAGUGAUUUAUUAGGGGAAAAAAGCAAUUGAAACCAUCCUGGUUCUAUUUGAGAAAGUAAUUACCCCCUUAAUUUAAUAAUUGGUGGUGCCCCCCAAUAACUGCCAUCCAGCAUUUGUGAUAAUCGGCACCGAGUCUUUAACAUCACUGUAGGGGAGUUAUAAUUAAACAUGGGCCCAAGUUGGUUUGGAUAGCUUUUUUCCCCCUGAAUAAAUAAAAUCAUCAUUUGAAAACAUUUGCAUUUACUAAUUUAUAUUUAUCCAUAUUAACUUUAUCUAAAAGGUGACAAAAACGUAAAUAUGUAAAGGCGUUUUUUUUUUUAAGAACCAGCAGUCUAGUUUAAAAGCCUGACUGAAGAAGGUUUAGAGGCUAAAACAGCAGUGAAUUUUUUAAUUUCUAAACAAAUGUCAUAAUCCGUAACUCAAAGAUAAAAAACGCCAGUCAGUUGGACGAUAGCUUGAGUUGUGAUUUGGCAAAUCUUGGAUAAAAAAGUAAAGUACAAUUUAAACAUAUUUAUUCUUCAAAAGGUUAGGAUUUCCCCAUCUCUAUUUUUCCUACACUUGUCCAGACAAGGAAAAAAUUAUUCCUAUUCCCAACUUUUCAAAGACUGUAGGAACCCUGGCAUUAUGUACAGCAACAAUUCAACCGGUAAUUAAGUGCUUUGUUGUAACAUUUGUUUUCUUGGCUCUA